GGAAUGGGAAUGGGAAUGGGAAUGGGAAUGGGAAUGGGAACGAGUGGGAUAACGGGAAGUGAGGAACCAAACAAAUGUUUAUUCCCAACCACCCUGUGAUCUGGAACAAACGUAACCAGUCUCAUUGUGGUCGUAUCGUCGCCCAGUUACAGGGAGACUAUUAGUGUAAUUCCUUACACAGAUCAGAGGCCACACAGGCAGAAAUAAUUUCCCUCCGGCUGUUUCUCUUUCAACUUUGUCUUAUUUGUCAAGAUUCAGCGAAAUGCUGUGUUCCGCCGGCUUUGAACGCUGGAUUCCACCCCUUUAGUCACGGAAAUACAAUUUAUAUCUAUUAUCUUUGCAGUGCAGACUGCAUCUGCUUGUGUUACUAAAUAGUGAUGGGGUCGGGAGAGGGAGAGGCCGGGAUGUUGCAAAUGCCCAUUUGCCGAAUGAGAGGAGACUUUUGUAUAUCAAAACAAAAGCAUCGAAGGAACGACUAAAUUACAAACGUUUUACCUUCUAAUAUCGGGCGUGAAGAGUUUCAGCGUUGCAUUGAGGGGGGAGAUGACUGUGUUUGUCGUCUUGGACCACCCACAGGGAGCCCAGUCACUGGUUGAACACAGCGAGUUCAAAGGUUCAUGCGGGAAUUAACCAAUUUAAUAAGUUAUUACCAGUCUUCUAGGCAGAUUAAAUAGUAGAUAGGCAAGACCCUUCACGGACCGCUGACAGCGGUGGUAGCCAUUAGACGCGACUUUUUCCCAGCCAUCUACGUUUGCUGUAAAGAGGAUUAGCAACUCUGGAUCACUUGUGGGGGGAUUUAGCUUGUUCCCACCGCUCGGGAGAUGUUUGACAAUUCUCAGUAUCCUUACAACUGUUUCAACUAUGACGGCGACGACUUCCCGCCCUGUGGUUCUGGCGAGGGGAAGAGAACGGUGUCCCGACCCGCUUACAGUUACAUCGCGUUGAUAGCGAUGGCUAUCCAACAGAGUCGCGGCAACAGGGUGACACUAUCCGGCAUCUAUGACUUUAUCACCACCAAAUUCCCCUACUACAGAUGUAACAAGAGGGCUUGGCAAAACUCAAUCCGACACAACCUAUCUCUGAAUAGCUGCUUCGUAAAGGUGCCAAGGUUGGAAGGGAACGAGAGGGGGAAAGGUAACUUUUGGACCUUCGCGUCGGGGUGCGAGUCGAUGUUAGAUUUGUUCGAAAACGGUAAUUUUCGGAGAAGGAGAAGGAGCGUGAAGCGGCUGCAGAAAUAUCAAUGCCACGGCAGCGGUGUCUCGCCCUCUCCCCGGCCAGGCGCAGCGGACACGGCGUGGAGCGACCCUCCCUCGCACGGCGACCGGUCGGAUGGGCCUCGAACCGGGCCGUGGAACCCCCAGAUAUUCCCGGUCAACGAAAACUCCAGCACGGAGACGGGGACAGCGCAGAAAACAGAGGCGGCCAUCAAGUUCAGCAUCGAUUACAUCCUGUCGACUCCCGGCCCCUUCCCCGGUCUCAGAGGACAGAGCGACUGGCAAAGAGAGCAACUUGUCACCCGGGAUGGCCACUUGUGGACAAGCCAACUCGCUUCGUCGUAAGUAGCGCCGCUGGCGUGUACGUUGGAGCAGAGACCACGUCGGGAUCCAUCGACUGCUUCCCACGGCGACCUGGAUUGUGUCCUUCACCGUGUCGGGGUGUCUGUUACCCCCGCCACGAUCUUUAACCCCUCAGAUCCAGACAGGCCCCCUCCCCCCCGUUAGUGUUUAAGAAGGAACUGCAGAUGCUGGGAAAUCGA